UCGAGUCGCCAUUUCAAAGAAUUUCAGUAGUAAACCUCUAGGAUUUGUGGCCGAAAAUGUCGUUUCUAGAAAAUCUAAAAGAACUGUUUGGCACUGAAAGUCUUUACGAAGUCCUUUGUCUUGAGAAAUCCGCGUCUGAUUCCGAAGUUAAGCGAGCUUAUCGUAAGCUUUCUUUGAAAGUUCAUCCUGAUCGAGCCGAGGAGAAGGACAGACCAACUGCAACUAAAAAGUUUCAAUGUCUAAGUAAAAUUUACACAGUCUUAUCUGAUAAGGAGAAGCGAGCUUUGUAUGACGAGAGUGGAGAGAUCGAUGAUGAAGUUGUACAACAAGAACGAGACUGGGAUGCAUAUUGGAGACUUUUGUUCAAGAAAAUUACUUUAGAAGAUAUCAAAGAGUUCGAAGAGAAAUACAAGGGUUCCGAUGAGGAAGUAAAUGAUUUGAAAUCUGCUUACAUGGAUUAUGAGGGUGAUAUGGACCAGAUUAUGGAGAACGUUCUUUGCUCUACCGCUGAAGACGAGGAUAGGUUCAAGGACAUUCUCGGGGAUUUGAUUAAGAAAAAAGAAUUGCCGAAGUACAAGAAUUUCGCUAGCGAAUCCAAGGUGAAAAAGAGAGCAAGAAAGAAGAAGGCUGAACAGGAAGCUGCUGAAGCAGAAGAAAUGGCAGCUGAACUUGGAUUACACGAUAAAUCAGAGAAUGGAUUGCAUCAGCUGAUAUUAAAACGACAAAGUGAUCGAGCCAGUGCCAUGGAUGAUAUGCUAGCAGGUCUUGAAGCCAAGUAUCGCAAGCCAAAAGCUACGAAAAAACACAAGUCUACAGAAAAGUCAAAGAAGUAAAGCUUGUCUAAAGUUUAUUAGGAAAUAGUUGUAAUCAUAUGGCUACACCAAACAUUAAAUAUUUUGUCUAAUCACUCAUCACCAUUUUCUCAUAAUUUUGACAGUUGUAAACCGUCGAUAUACCGAUUCGAAUAAUGGACUGUGUUUCGUUUUAAUUUAUUAAACAGUAGUGCUAUAAUUGUUAUUUGGAUUGUUAAAAAUUUAUAAAUAAAAAUCACAUAUAAACUAAUAUUAAGAUAAAGCAAGAAUGGAAAAAUUUUGUUUGCAUCCUGAAUAUAGUGAAUAUUGUUUCAGAGAUCAUUUGAUAGAUAAAAUACCUGUAAUUACUGUUUUUAGAAUAUUUACUAGAUAGAGUUAAUUUGUGAGAUUGAGAAAAAAAUCUUUCAUAAAGCCAAUCAUGGGCAGUGUCUAUUAUUUGUGUUUACGAUAAGACAUUUGCAUUAUGGAAUUAUUAACUACGACUUGAACAGAAUCCUUUGCACACUUUCUUUUGUUCUGUUGAUUAUAACCAGUUAUUGUCUUUACCAUUCUCAUGAGGGAAACACAAAUUCAAAUAAGAAAGAAAAUUUGCAAAGCAUUAUGGUAUUGGGAGUCAAAAGACACCAUCAUGCAAAUGUCCUAUUGAUGCUAAUAAUGAACUUUCAUAGUUGUUUGCUUAUUAAAAAAUAUACAUACAUAUGUUUGAUUUAGUUGUCAGUAUAGUUGAACUCUAACUAUCAGAAAAUUUUAUUGUCAUACUUGAACAAGGUGGGGGCUUAAGCCCUUCCAUCCCCUCCAGCUCUUCCUCCCUUGUUUUGUCACCUUGGAGUUUUAAAUAAAUAGUUAAUUGGAAUGUA